AUGUCCGCGACAACUACUUCCACUACCACGCGCUCGCUGUCCGUUCUGGCCGACUAUGAAGUCUAUCACAGCGGCUCCGAAGAGAAUGCCACAGCUUCUGCUCCCAUAAACUCGACACAGCCAGCCGACUGGCCGGCCCAUCAUCGCCGCAUGCCCGCCUAUCGCGCUGCAAACCAUCACCUCGACUUGACGGACCGGCCAGCCGGCAAUGGCCACCCGGCGGAGUAUGCUUUCAUCCAGAUCAUGUUGCAUGGGGUCUGGCUCAAUGCGUCUGUCGCGCGGCUGUGGCGAUUUACGGGCGGGAGACUAAACGACAAGAUAUUCCACUAUGAAGUCGGGGGAGAGUGGUAG